AUGGACUUCUUGAGAGGAUCAAAAUCCUCCUUCAAGUUCCACACAUCGGCAGAUAGACCAUAUUGUCGUCUUGUCGAGCCAAGAAAAAUUCUAGAGCUCGCCGUCGUCAGAGAGGGAGACGUCGCCCCCUUAGAGGGCGGCGACUUCAAACACAAUAACACGACCCCACCAUCCUCGAAAUCUAUCUCAGCCCUCCUUUCCAAUCAUGGAAAGACAGCCAUCGUCACGGGCGCGGGUGCUGGAAUCGGCCUUGCUGUCGCGGAAGCGUUGGCGGAAAGUGGUGCCAAUGUCGCGAUUUGGUAUCAUGGGAACAGGAAGGCAAUUCAGCGGGCGAGGGAGAUUGAGGUGAAGUAUGGGGUUAAGUGCAAAGCAUACGUCUCGGACAUCCGCCAGUACGCCCCCGUAGAAAGACUCAUCGACACCGUCCUCGACGACUUCAACGGCCGCCUCGACAUCUUCGUCGCAAACGCCGGCAUUCCCUGGAAAGAAGGCACCUUCCUCGACGGCUCCGUCGAGCACUAUCGCAAUGUUAUGGCCACCGAUCUCGACAGCGUGUUCUACUGCGCCCGAGCAGCGGGAAGGAUUUGGAGGCGUCAGAAGGAAGAGGGCAGUGAUUGUUUUGGACGCUUUUUUGGAGGGGCAGGGGGUGUGGAGUUUAAAGCGGGAAGCUUCAUCGCCACGACGUCGAUGAGUGCGCAUAUUGUGAAUGUGCCGCAGUUGCAGGCGGCGUACAAUGCUGCUAAGGCUGGGGUUAUACAGUUAGUGAAGAGUGUCGCUGUUGAAAUGGUGCAAUUCGCGAGAGCCAAUACCGUGAGUCCGGGGUAUAUACUUACAGAGAUCUCGGACUAUGUACCAGAGGAGACGAAGAAGAUCUGGAGGGGAAAGACGCCUAUGGGGUGA